AUGUUGCAAUUUUAUUAGGUAUAUAAUUUUCAUAAUCAAAGAUUUUGAAAAAUAAAAAUGGAAGAGUAAUAGUAGAAUUAGAUGAAUAAUUAAUGGAAAUAAUAAUAAAUGAUUAUUCCUUACAUUAAUAAAUAAAAAAUGAAACAUAAUAAACUCAAUUAGAUGAAUAAAAAUUUCAAAGAAGAAUUGUUCCCUUCUUCUUGAACUAGUUUAUGCAUUGGGCAAAAUAAAUGGAUUAUAAGAAAGUAGAGUGUUACUUGAAAGUAAUUCAUAAUCGUAAAACUUCAAAAUAAUAAAAAUGGGAAUUAGGAGAUUUACAAAAAAUAUUUGGCCCAAUUAAUUCAAGAACUAGAUGCAUAUAGAUUGAAACUUAAUAAAGAUGGAAAGAAUUUUUAGAUUAAUAAGCUGAAAUGACUGUCAUAAUGAAUAAUAAAAUUAAAGAUUAACAAACUAAAAGGAAAUAUAUAGAUGCAAUACCUUAAUUAAAAUAAGAACUUGAUAAAAAAAAUCCUUAUCAUAGGUUUUUAAGCAUCUCAAUUAACCCUAAAAUUGAUUACAAAAUAAGCACAGAAACCUGUAUUGAUGAACACAAUCAAAAAGAAUUUGAGUUUUUUAUUGAGAAUUCAGAUUAAGAAUAAGAUAGACUUUUCACUUCCUUUAUCUAAGACGAUNUAAAUGAGGACAUUAAUGUAGAUCUACAAAUACCUAAAGUAAUUAAGGCUAAUGUAGGAGCCUAUUCUGGAUAUAAAUAUGAAGAUGAAGAAGAAGCAGAUGAUGAAGAAAUAUUUAUUGAUACAAAACUAAUAAAAUAAUAGCAUAGAUAAACAUAACCUACAUAAGAAGAAUCAAUAAUAAAUGAUGAAAAAGUAAUGAAAGAAAAUUUUGCAGAUAAUUAAAUAGAAUAAGUUUAAGAAAUUAUAAAGAAUUAAUAAUUAAUUUAUACACCAGAAUAAAGAUAUUAAAAAAGAUUAGAUGAAUUUUUAUUAUCUUUUGAAUAAAGAGAUAAUAAAAAUAAAGGAAAAAAUGCAAGAAAAUUAAAGAAGAAACUUAAAGAAAUUGCAAAAUAAGAAGAAUUACCUAAAGUAUUUGAUAUGCCUGUAUUUAUUGAUAAUGCUAGAGCAGAAACUGCAGCUUUAUUGAUAAAUUUAUCUUCUUUAAAUUUAGAUUUAUUAGCAGUGUCUUUACAUAAAUUUAGAGUUUUACUUUAAAAUCACUUAUCUGAUGUAUAUGCAUCUUAAGUUCCAUUAUUAUAAAUUGUUAAUGAUGUGUGUAGAAUAUUAUCAACAUAAAGUGAUAAUCCACUUUAUGCUAUUGAUUAUUCAUAAUACAAAAAGAAUAUACCUCCUUAGAUAGUUGUUAGAAAAAUAGUUUAUAUUGCUCUUUAGACUUUGAGUGUGGCUGUUUAAACAUUAAGAAGUACAUUAAUUUAAGUUUAAAAAAUGUUUACUGUUUGUGGAGUUUGGCUUUAGGAUGAUAAUAAAUAAAUUAGUCAAUAAGCUGAACAAACUAUGUUAGACAUAUUGAGAUUUUGUGAUGAUUCUUAAUUGUAGAAUAUAUUACCUAAUUUAUAUAAUAAAUAAUCAUUUAAUAGUAAAAUAUAUGUUGGAGUACUUAUUGAACAUUUAGUAAUCAAAUAUCAAAGAGAAAUUUUUAAGUCAGUCCAUUUUAAUAAUAUUAUUUAAUUAAUAUCUUAGAUGAUCAUAGAUUAAUCAUUUGAUGUAAGAAGAAUUGGAAAAAAAGUAUUUUUUAAAAUUUUAACUCUUGGAAAAUAUCAAAUUGAAGAAAUUGUUAUGUAAAUGCAUUAAUAAGAAAAGAAUUAAAUGAAAGAAUUAAUGUAAAGAUAUGAUGAAUUAGUUACUGAUCAUUAAAUUGGAAUUUUUGAUUAAGAAGAGUAUAUGGGAUUAUAAGUAAUGCCUUAAAAAUUCAAUUUUGAAUAUGAAAUGAUAGAUGAUUAAAUAUAUAUGAAAUGA